GCUGGACAUGAGUUUUCAAGUUAGCUUUUUUUGGUGUAAUUGGGACGUUUUUAACUUGUAAUUCUAUGUUAUAACAACAACUUCAGUCAUCUAUCGUCAAACUGAUAUAGAAUAAUAUGUUGAAAUAUCAAACAGCUAGAAUUACAUUGUACAGUGCAGGAAUCAAAAUUUGGGAUCAGGUAUGCAGUCACAGGCAGCUUGCAGCCCCACCUAGCAGAUUGCCUGCUGUUGUGUUGACUGAGAACUGCAGCAGACAAAGAAUGAAAAAGCAUGGAUUCCCUGGGCCAAAGGCCCGCACAGUGGGCUUUGCACUCCCUGACUGGCCUAGAGAGAAAGGAAUGGCUCAGUCAGCAGGCCAAGGCCACUGAAGCGAUGAAAAGAUAAUUCAACACUCCCCACCCCCCGCCACCCCCCACAGCUCUUGGACCUCAUGCAGCGUCAAACCAUUUGUGAGCAGUGACAGAGCCAGAUUGGGCCGAAAGGAUAUGAGUGGGAAACUUCAAAACCUGCUCAUAUUUCUGUGGAUGUGAAAGGAUUUGUAUAACACAUUCAGUUUUGAUGGACUUUCCCAUGUUCAAUCCAGACAACCCUUUUUGUUGACACGUUCAAAUAAUGAAUCUGUUAUGUGUAUGGUCCCUUUUUCCCUCCUGCUCAUGAGUUCUGUUUCUAGUUGUCAGGUAGGGAUGCUGUGCAGACCACUCCAUCGUCUGUCCCAAGCUUAUGGAGAACCGCUCACAUGCUGGCUGCCAGGAACCAGGGUGAGUAGUUCUCCCUCUCACAGAACAAGGUGCUGAAAUGGAACAUAUAAUUGUCAUUUUUUUAAUGUCUAGUAAGGCCUUUUCAGUUGGAGCUCAAUUCAAUGGAUACAACUGUGAUGCAAAUUUUCACAGCCGCUUCCCUGCUGAGAGAGAUAUCAGUGUAUACUGUGGGGUCCAGACCAUUACCCUCAAGAUCAAUUUUUGCCCUGUUCUCUUCUCUGGCUACACUGACACCGACCUAGCCCUUAAUGGUCGCCAUGGAGACGCCCACUGCAGAGGCUUUAUCAAUAACAACACCUUCCCUACUGUUGUAAUCUUUAGCAUCAGCCUAGCAACACUUGAAUCCUGUGGUAAUUCUUUGGUGGUGUCAACUGCUCAAGGACCCAAUGCUUAUGGGAACCUGUCCCUGGUGCAGAUUGGAAACAUAUCAGGGUAUAUUGAUACACCAGACCCUCCAACUAUCAUCAGCUACUUGCCAGGUCUAUUGUAUAAGUUUAGCUGCAGCUACCCAUUGGAAUACCUAGUCAACAACACACAGCUGGCCUCGUCAUCAGCUGCAAUCUCAGUGAAGGAAAGCAAUGGCACUUUCAUUAGCACGUUGAAUCUCCUGCUUUAUAAUGACUCAUCAUAUAUUCAGCAGUUGUCCAUCCCAAUGGCAGGACUGACCCUGAAGACACGCAUAUUUGCAGCUGUAAAAGCCACUAAUCUGGAUAGAAGAUGGAACAUUCUAAUGGACUACUGUUACACCACACCUUCUGGAAAUCCUAAUGAUGACCUGCGUUACGAUCUUUUCUUUAGUUGUGAAAAAGACCCCCAGACCACAGUGUUUGAGAAUGGGAAGAGCCAGAUGGGUCGUUUUGCCUUUGAAGUAUUCCGCUUUGUAAAGCACAAGAACCAGAAGAUGUCCACUGUCUUCCUACACUGUGUCACCAAGCUGUGCCGAGCAGAUGAUUGUGCAAUGCUGAUGCCAAUCUGUGGCAGCAGGAAAAAGAGAGAUGUCUCUGAGGGAAAGGGAUCAAAUGCUGCAUCUGGAAAUGCCAUCCUGACUGCUGGGCCUAUCAUAACUCGGAGUGAUGAAAUACCAGCCAAUAAUUCUCAGCUGGCCCAUCUUAAAGCUCCAGUGUUUCACACAAAUACAGUGACCAUCGCACUCAUCUCAGGCAUGAUCAUUCUGGGUGUCAUGUGCCUAUGCUUCUUCAUCAUGUCCCUCACCCUUCUGAAAGGGAAGAGCGCUCCAGUCGGCACCCUGUCAGGAGUCCGAAACCUAACCUUCAACUGAGUACCUGAACUCACUGCAGACAUUUCUCAUCAGUUCAAUGCUAACCAAGAAUGCAGAACACACGCUGUCUGUGCAUAUGGGCAUCAAAGAAUUUAACUGUUGAAUAAAAUACCUGUUACCAGGUCUGUACAAUGAGUAUUAGUGUAGGAGUUAAGUAAAACUGGGUUUUGUGUUCCAUUUUUGUGUUACACAAAAAGCUAAGCCUCAGCCUGCAUAUUUUUCAUGCAGCUUUAACCCAUUAGUGGGGAUACUAAAAACUUACUGCAAUACCUCAGCUAUACAGUUUUCAUUGCAGGGUACGGGAUCAAUUAUAUGGCUUGCAGUGCAUUAUAUAGUGUAUAAUAAACAUAGCAUUUCCUGAUAGAUAUUAGAGAGAUAGAUUUGCUUAAUCAUUUAUUAGAAGUUUUUUCCCUAAAUAUGUAUUUCAAUUGCUUGCUUUAAAUAUUUUUAGUUACUCUGUUAGCAAUAAACUUGAUUGUUAAGGAUAUUUUGUACAUGUGCUACCUUAUGUAUAACUUUUCCUGAUAUGUGGUUAAAAUGCAACUUGAUCUGUUCCCAAAAUGUACAAAUUGUCUUCAAACGUCCAUGUUGCUAAUACUGCACCUUGACUUGUUAUUAAAACAUACCCAUUUUCAUAUUUCUAAAAAUAAACUAUACAUUCCCUCUUAAACACUACUGUGGGAUUACAAGAAUUGAUAAAUGGCUAGCAUUGAUAUAGCUUGUAUUUUUACACUACAAUCCACAUUUAUCCAUUCAUGCACACAUACAUGCAGUGCUUAGUCAGAUCAUACAACACUGCUAUCUAACGCACACAGACACACACACAUCAGAUGGGGUGGAGAUUGGGGGUGAGGAAGCAAAUGUAAAUUUCUGCAUUACUAAUAUACAAACCUGAUGUAAAAUCAGUUUGGUUCCUUAUCAUAGUCCUUAAUAACCUCAAAGACCUCUUUGCUUCAUGGAGGGGCUUAACUUCCUCUGGGAUCAUUAAUAAUUUUAACGUUUCUUUUCAUUUUUAUAGAAAACCUAAAGCUAAUAUAACAGAAUAGGAUUCAUUAAAACAUUUUGUUUUGUAUAUAUGGAUAAUUUUAUUUAAACGCUUACGUUCCCGUACUGUGCAUCCAUGAAACAUAAGACGAUUCAACCUGCGUCAUUUCUGUCUUCCGUUUAUUUACUUUCCGGCUCUUUGAAACGUCAUGGCAAAAUGUCCAGGAAAAACACCACGUUUUUUAAAUGGACUGACAAUUGGGCUAAUCGUUACUUGCAGGAGGCUUGCUUUCAAGGUACAUCAGCAAUGAAAAAAACUUCUUGCCAACUAAAUGUUUUUUUAGAUUCCAUUUUUUUAUUCUAGGGCUUGUGUAUCCAGAUGAACAAUUGUAAGUUUAAAAAUCUUUUGAUAAUAUAUGC